AUGGCGAAUAGCGAAGAUGUUAUCGUGCCAGCGGACCUGGAAGAUGACGUUGCUGGGUGGUGCUGCUCGUGCUGCUCUGGCACACCUUCAGCACGGCGCUCUCCCUUGGUGCCCACGGCAGUGGCCACAUCGCUUGACAUUGCCCUCUCCAGCUUCUCCCUCGCGCUCGUCACCCGCACCUUCUACUCCAUGAUGUCGACUCCUAACUUCUCAGAAGCCUCUCAUAACCUCCUAGCCGCAUCGAUCCGCCGUCGCUGGCGACGUCUCGCUCGGAGUCAUGUCUCAGCGCUCUGCGUCAAACAAGAACGCAUCGUUUCUCGCAAGGAUGUGCUGAACGCGGUCGCUUGCUUCCCAAAGCUGACCUAUCUGCAUCUCAGCGAUGGCAGCGUCGAGACUCUUGACGAUUACUUCCUUGCCCAGCUCGCCUCGUCGUGCCCGCAUUUGACAGCAUUUCAUGUGGGGGAGUCGAUAGCUCAGGACAGGGACCCGCACUGGAGGGAGACCGGCGAGCGUCAGUUAACCGAAGCAGGCCUGGAUGAUUUCUUCCGUCACUGCACUGGGUUGGAGCUGUCUCUCUGCUGUUUCCGCGGAAAUGACACGCUACCAGCCUCCCUGUUCAAGCUACCGCACUUGCGAGUUCUUCUCCUCAACACUGCCGUCAUCCUGCAGCAUCCAGAACUGAAGAGCUUGACGUCGCUCACCGCUCUCUCUAUCGAAACCUCAAACGUGGAUUUUCAACAGCUUUCCAGCCUCCUCCACCUUACACGCCUCACGAAGCUCUCCUUGCCCAGAAACGUUCGGGUAACCCGUGAAGGUCUGCAGGCCUUCACGUUCUUGCUGCUGCCUUCCCUCGAGUCGCUGAAGGUUGGAUUCAACGAGGCUCAGUUCCACGCGAUAUUUUCUUCAACGCUGCCAUGUCUGCGCUUGAAACGGCUGCACCUUACCCAUUGCAACGAGCAGCGGCGGCUUCCGGACAAUAUUGGAGAGGCGUUGCCAAGCCUUGAAGAUCUUACCUUCACAUUUUGUGAAUCUCUCACCAAUCUGACGGAGGAUUUCACUGCAUCAACCUGCCUCACGAGCUUGACAAUUUCGCGUUCUUCAAUGGUCAAACUACCCAGAGAUUUUGGCAGUCUUUCAGCGUUGAAGACAUUGGUGCUGCAUUCGCUGCCGCUGUACGGUCUUCCUGCCUCCUUCUGCCAGCUGUCCUCGCUGGAGACAUUAUUCCUGAUUGACUGCAAGCACUUGGACUGCUUACCCGAGGGCUUCGGCUGCCUCAUAUCACUCAAGUACCUGAGCUUGGUGGAUUUUCCGCAGCUGGAGCUUCCAAAAGACAUCGGGGAGCUGAUCAACCUCCACACUCGCAGCGCUAAUCGGCCGCUCCCACCUUCAUUUACGCAGCUGGUUUCCCUGAUCAGGCUGGAGCUGGACAAUUGCCUUAUAGCUGAGCUUCCAGAAGGGCUGAAUCAGUUGAGAAACCUGCAACAGCUGUACGUUCAGAGCUGUCCGAGUCUCAAGAAGCUUCUGGAAUUUGUCACGGGCUUGAUAAGCCUUCGCAUUUUGAGUAUUGAUAAGUGCAGCGGGCUCCGUACAGUGCCAAUGAGUUUGGACAGCCUUACCAGGUUGAAGCAGUUGGAGCUGACUGGGUGUGAGCAGCUGAAAGAAUCUCCAAAAUUCCUGCCACUCACUCUCGAGGUGCUAAGUCUGGGUAAUUAUGAGAAGCCCACGGCUCUGCCAGACAUGUCAGGGCUUACAAACCUCAGGAAGCUGUGCUUGCGUACCAUCGAGGCAGGAUGCUGGCUGCCCAUUAGCAAUGGUCUUUCUAGCCUAGAAGACUUGAGUCUCAUCAUGGCUGACAAUGCAGAGGAGCUUUUGAUUUCAUUGGCGGGUCCUUCACGCCUCCGUACGCUGAACAUUGGUUCUGCUCGAAACCUGAGGAGGCUUCCGGAUUUGUCACCUUUACAGGAUCUACGGCAGCUGGGCAUAGACAUGGCUGAACAGCUGACAGAGCUGCCAGCGACCAUCACAAGCCUGCAGCAUCUGACAUCCAUUGAUAUUUAUGCACCCAAGUUGACUUACCUUCCAGAGGGCAUCGGGGCCUUAUCCAGAUUGCGCAAGCUAAGCCUUACCAACUGUUUUUCCAUCACGUGUCUCCCCCCUUCUCUCAGCCAGCUCUCUUGCCUUCACUACCUGAAACUGAACAACGUCUUCAUCUCCUCCCUUCCUGAGAACUUUGGUCAGCUCACCAGACUCAAGGACCUCUGCCUUCAUGGUUGCAUGAAGCUGGAAGCUCUGCCUGAGGAUUUAGCAGAGCUCAAGCUGCUUGGUUGUCUAGAUACUGAAGGGUGUUACAAGCUAUAUGGUCCCAUGCAGUUGGAGAUGGAAGAAGAUUGGUAA